AUGAGAUUCUCUACCAAUCCCACCCAAGCAGAACUCUACACCGAGCAGGUGGCCAUGCUCAGGCUCAAGGCCGACGCCCGGCACGCCGAGAUGCUGGUCAUCCAUGGCACGCCUGAAAAUCUCAAGAACAAGAUCAUCGAGCUCUACCGCAACAAGUGUGCUCACAUCAACGAGCCAGACCCCCACAUCAACAAUUCUCCCGGCCCCAUCGACCAACCCCCUCGCUGGUCUGCCUGGCUCUUCUCUGUGGGUCGCGAGCCCAACAUGAUCACCUAUGAGGGCGAAGGCGAGUCUCUCCAGGAGGCUUUGAUCGAUCUGUAUCAGAUCGUGCAGGACGGCGAGCAAGCUUACCGCCUGUUGAUUGAGGAGGAGCGGGAGAGACGCUCUCACCCCGAGCAGUUCGCUCCCAAGGGCGCUUUCAAGGUGCAUCCUGAGCUCGAGACCGUCAAGGUCACUUAGUCGUUGCAGCUGCGCAGUGAACAAUAGAGGGGCGUUUUUGGGCUAGGAAGUCACUUCACUUGUAAUCAAACUCACUCCCGC